AUGGCCGCUACUACGAAGAACAUGAAUACAGAUACAAUAAGUAAUGAUGCUUCAGUGCAGAAACCUAAAAGGAAAGUAGGCAGACCUGGUAGGAAAAAAAUUGAUACAGAAGCCAAGAAUAGAAGAACAGCACAGAAUAGAGCAGCUCAAAGAGCCUUUAGAGAACGUAAAGAACAAAAAUUGAAAUCGUUAGAAAGUAAAAUAUCAAAUUUGGAAAAGAUUAAUGAACACUCAGAAUAUGAAAGUGAAUUAUUAAAGAAUCAUUUGAAUGAUUUAAUUAAUGAAAUUACAAAAUUUAGACCAAAAUCUCAAAAGGAUUUACAAGUUUUGGAUUUAUUAACAAGAAAUAAUAUUGUUAAAGAAGAAUUAAGAAUUCAAAAUAUUCAAGAAGAUGAAAAUAUUGCAAAUUUAGAUAAUCCAAAGGGUAUUCAAUCAACAGAUGCUUCAACAACAACGUUAUCAUCGCCUCAUGGAGUUCAACAAACCGAAGUUCUUCCAGUGAAUUUGAAAAGAGAUGAACCCAUCGGUAUUAAGCCAGAACCAAUAUAUACACCAGAUACAUCGAAUUCUCCGAUGUCGAUAAAUUCGAACAAUGGUAAUAAUAACCAGGGUAUUACUGAACAAUCUUUAUUUGCGGCUGCCGCAGCAGAAGAUAUUGCAGCAGCAAUGGGUAAUAACAACUAUAUGAACACAACUGGGGUAUCGAAUAAUAACAAUAUCAGUGGUGCAUGUUCGGGAGGCUGCAAUAGUAAUAGUAAUAGUAAUAAUAGCAACAGCAACAGCAACAGCAACAGUUGUAAUGGUGGCAGCAGCAGUGGCAGCAGCAGUGCUGGUAGUAAUAUGGAUAUCAUUGAUGAUUUGUUCAAUGCAGCCUAUUCAUUUGACACUUCUUAUCAAUUUGGUAAUAAUAACAACGAUAUUAGUCUAUCCGCCAGCACAAAAAGUCAUUCUGAUAUUAAUUCUGAAUACAAUAUGACUAAUCGUUUCCCUGAUAUAAGUAACAACACUAACAUAUUUUCAAUGUAUGGUAACAUUGGUAAUAAUAAUGCUGCUACUACUGCUACUACUGCAACACCAAUAGAUAACAAUAAAUCGAGUGCAUUUGGACAAACUAUUCCUCAAUUCACAUUAAACAAUUUGAGUAAUACAUGGAACAACAACUUUACAGCAUCGGUAUCAGAUCGUAUUCCAAGCACGCAAUCCAGUGUUGUUGAUGGGAAUGAUCUGGCAGCUAUUCAAUAUGCAUUUGACGUACCUCCACAAAUGAAGACAACCGUUAGUGAUGCUAAUAAUAAUAAUAACAAUAAUAAUAAUAAGACUAGUACUAGCACAAAUGAUGGUAACGGACCUCAGUUCAUGUCUUUCUUAAACACUUCGUUAGCUUUCCCUGAUAUGGAGGACAAUGUUUUAUUCAGAGAGCAUAUUCCUGACAAUGCAAGUUGUUCUGAACCCACACCAGAUUGUGCAUGUCAUCAUAAUGAGGAUGAAAACGAGCAUGAACAUGAGCAUCCCGUUUUUAACAAUGGCAAACCUAUUAAAUGUGAGCUUCUUACAAGACAUAUCAUCAACGAUGAAUCCAUACACUCUAUCCUUAGAGACAAGAACUUCAUGGCCACAGGCGACUCCACAGUUGCAUCAGCAUGUGCAGCAGAUUGCGAUGGUAAAAGUUGCAAUAAGGUGGUAUUACCAUAUGACAAUGCUGGCAAUACAAUGAAAUGUGCCGAUCUAUGGAGACAUAUCACCACAUUACCCAAAUAUUCCGCUGUGGAUAUCGACAAUCUGUGUGACGAACUGAUGACAAAGAUCAAUUACUCGGACGAAGGCAUAACGAUCAAAUCUAGAGACUUUGACACUGCCCUGAGGAAACAAAUAUUGUCCUAG